AUGGCCAGAGGUCUUCUGAGUUGGUACCGCUCUUCCCGGUCCAGGAAGUGUGAGGUCGUGGGCACAAGGGCACAACUGCUGGUACCGGUGACCCCUGCUCGAGGCGGGGCUUUCUCGCUUGAGCACUCUUCGCGAGAACUGGACAGCGAGGGCAAGAGGCACGCCGCGGACCGGUGGGAGUGGGCGACAGCACAAGGAGGAAUUGGCAAAUCCUCUCUAUUCGAACACAAUUUCCUGCUGAAAUGGAACAAGUGGGGUUGCGGCCUACCGACCAGUUAG